AUGACCGACAAGGACGCUGCGUUCCGCAUCAGCUCCGGCACCAGCGCCAGCAACAGCAGCACUCGCUCCUCCAUCACGGCCAAGCCCUCGACCCCGACCGCGGCCUCGGCCGAUGCUGCUUCGCGCAACGGUGCCGGCGCCGGGUCCAGCGCUGGUCAAGAUGCCCGUACCGACAUUGGCGCAGGCGUAGGAAUGGGGAUAGGUAUCGGCAUCGACCCAGCCCAGCUCGACUCGGACUCUCCCACGCCUCAUCAUCACAAGAGCCUCUCACGAGAUGACGACCUCCAGAUCUCGCCCACCUCGACCAACACCACUCGCGGCGCCGCGAUGACGCCCUCGUCGUCCAGAGAGGGAGGCCGUCGAUUGAGCGAUCUCACAAACUACCGCCGCGACCUGGCCGUGCUCGAUCCGCCGCGAGGCCACCCCAACCCCAACUACCCUCCGAGCCUCGUCGACGAGUCCGCCGACAACAUGUCAAUCUUCUCGCAGUUCUCCCCGGGCUUGCACGGCAUGGGAUCUCGCACCGGCGCCAGCUCGUCGCUGGGCCUGCAGGACUCUCCCGAGCAGCUCUACUACACAGACGGCCGACGGCCAUCCGCUGCUAGUGUCACCACGACGGCUAGCAGUACUGGCUCCAAGGCUAGCGGUCCCCGUGGCGGCUUUCGCAAGCUGCAGGGCUUCUUCGGCGAGGAGUUUCCUGGGCGCGACAGCUCCGAGAGCAGCCUGCCAAACUCUUAUAUGGGCAAGGACCAGCGAUCGCGCUCCUACAGUCACACCCGCCCAACGCACCGCGAUCGCAACUACUCCAAUGCCACCGAUCACACCAGGGAUGCCUCGCCUGCUUCGUCACGGCCCAGGACCCCAGUUCCGGCCCCUGAAGUAGUGCCCUUUCUGUAUCAGGACAACAAU